AUGAAGCUCCAACAGCGCAGCUUCCUCGCCGCCGCCCUGGCACUCGCCGGGGCCCCGAGCGUCGAUGCCGUCCUCCGAUUCUCCUGCUCCGAGCUCGUCACCGAGCGCCUGGAUCCCCUCGUUUUCCCGGGCGCCUCCCAAUCCCCCCACCUCCACCAAAUCGUUGGCGGCAACAUGUUCAACAUCACCAUGGACCCCGCCCGGCACAACAUCGGGGAAGAAGCCAGCUGCACAACUUGCACCUUCGCCGAGGACUUCUCCAACUACUGGACAGCCACGCUCUUCUUCCGCGCGCGCAACGGCAGCUACAUCCGGGUGCCACAACGCCCCAACAUCGACUUCGACGGCGCGCGCGGCGGCGGCAUGACAGUCUACUACACGGCCUCGUACCAAGGGUCCAAAGUAACGGCCUUCCAACCAGGCUUCCGCAUGAUCGUCGGCAACCCGAUGUACCGCACAUCCGACGAAGCCUCCAAAUUCCGCCAACUGACCUUCACCUGCCUUGAGACCAUGUACACGCGCACGGGCGAGACGACUUCGAUGCCGGCGCAGCCCUGCAAGGAGGGCAUCAUGGCCAACGUGCGCUUCCCGACCUGCUGGGACGGCAAGAACCUGGAUACGCCGAACCACGCGGACCAUGUGGCGUACCCGGCGAGCGGGACGUUCGAGAGCGGGGGCCCGUGCCCGGCGAGUCAUCCCGUGCCGAUCCCGCAGCUGUUUUAUGAGGUGAUUUGGGAUACGCGGGGGUUUAAUGAUAGGGGGUUGUGGCCCGAGGAUGGCAGCCAGCCGUUUGUGUGGUCGUAUGGGGAUUAUACGGGGUAUGGCACGCAUGGGGAUUAUGUCUUUGGGUGGAAGGGCACGUCGCUGCAGCGGGCGAUGGAUGAUAACUGUGAUGUGGUGUGUCCGACGUUGAAGAGUCAGAGUAUUGCGACGGGGAAUCAGUGCAAGCAGGAUAAGAAGGUCGCGGAGCAGAUUGAUGGCUGGUUGGACGGGCUGCCGGGUGGUAUCGAGCCUAGUGGACCGCAGCCGGGGGCUGGGAAUGGUGGUGGCGGAAACCCCGACCCCGGCAGCGGUGGUGGUAAUAGUGGCGGCGGCUCAUGCCAAGUCGCUAAGUGGGGCCAAUGUGGUGGCCGGGGCUGGAACGGGUGCACAGCAUUCAACAGAGGCGAGGACCAUAGUCGUGAGACAGGAAGGCUACCAAUUGGCUGGAAAAACCUUCUUGGUGUAAAUAGCAUCGCUAUCCAACCCGCCGGGGGUUGA